UGGGAGGCUGAGGCAAGCUGCCCGCGAGACACACUCACACACACACUCACACACACACAUAUAUAUACCGGAGAGAAGAGGGGAAACCGGCCAGAGAAUGGACACUGAACAGGUGAACUGUGGAAGACUGUAGUUCAGCCCGUGGAGGAGCUGUGGUAGGUCGCUGAUUGACUGUCCUCAUUCUGACUGAAAUAACGCUGUACGGACUCUAGCGGCUCCUCCAUUCACCCUUCUCACCCUUCACUCUUACUCCGUAUCUCCGGCUUUACGGACAUCCGCGGAGGCUUGAAGCGGCGCGACCAUGAAGUUCAAGCCCAACCAGACGAGGACGUACGACGGAGAGGGGUUCAAGCGGCGAGCGGCGUGUCUGUGUUUCAAGAACGAGCGAGAGGACGAGGUGUUGCUGGUGAGCAGCAGUCGACACCCGGAUCAGUGGAUCGUGCCGGGGGGAGGAAUGGAGCCGGAGGAAGAGCCUUGUGGAGCGGCGGUACGGGAGGUUUUUGAAGAGGCUGGAGUAAAGGGGAAAUUGGGGCGUCUCUUGGGUGUGUUUGAGCAUAACCAGGACAGGAAGCACCGCACAUAUGUGUAUGUGCUGACAGUCACAGAGACUUUGGAGGCCUGGGAGGACUCAGUAAAUAUUGGUCGUAAGCGGGAGUGGUUCCCAGUAGAAGAGGCCAUUAAGAUACUGCAAAGCCACAAGCCGGUCCACGCUGAGUACUUGAGACGCCUUCAGCUGUGUUCUGCAACCAACAACGGGAACAUCCUCCUCCCCUCCCCUCCCCCAAACGACAACAUGCCCCGUUACAGCACGUCUCCCGCCGUGCCCCGCAGAUAGGACUGCACUCUCUCUCUUUCCCACACACACAUACACACGACACACUCCCUCUGUGGCCUGAUUUUGGGACCUUUACUCACCUUUACACAUCUGUGGGCAGAAGUUUGCCUGGAUCUUUGAGUCGUCGAGGAGAUGAUCACCCGGUUCACCUCCUGCUGUCUUUAAAAAGUGCUUUUUGCUUGGUAUAAACUAGGACUGUACAAUAUUGGGCUUUUCUAUAUAUAAAAUGCUAUAAAAUUGUGUUUGCAAUGUGCCGGGCAAAAAAAUAUACAUACAUUCUGUAUGUGUUUUACGGUGUUUAAAGAUUUUUGACCAAAUUGAAAUGAUUUGUGUAAAUUAUGUUACAUUCUAUAUUAAGGGAUUCUUUAUUUGGGUGCACAUUGCAGCAUUCUAUUAAAUCCUUAAAAAUGUCAAAUUAAUAUGAAUUAAUAUUCAAAAGCCAAAAGUAACAAUUAAGAAACUGAAUAUAUAUUGUGCGGCCCUAGACAUGACCAAUGCUAAGAAGAAUUAGGUUAAAGAAUGCCUUAAAUAGUUUUUUUUUUUUAAUGACUGGUCUAAAACUGAAACUGACCAAAGGUGGUACUUGAGUUUCUGAUGAGAUCUGGUGAGAUCGAUCUGUUAUUAUGUUGAUCUCCAUUUAUCUCAUUCUACACAGUCCUAUUUGAGUGCUUCACAGCCUGAAUGGAAAUCUGAACUCAAGUUACCUCAGAGUCCCCAGAUCACCCGUGUAGACUGUACGGUUUGGUUGGGCUGCUUCAGGAACGGCUGCUGCUGGUUCCUGUCUCAACUAAGAGUGAAUGGAACAAUCAACCGAUUGACGGGCGGACAGGUGGUUUCGUACUGUACUGCAUGUACCCCUCACUUCACCAGCCUGAGUGUCCGGACUGUUUCCCAGCUUUCGCUGAUCCAGUAUCCAGUAUAAUGGAGAACAGAAAGCUCCCUUUAACACUCAUGCAACCAAGCCAACGCAUCCCUUUAAUCGCUGCCCCUUUAGCACGGGUGAAGAGUGUGCCAGCAGAUGUGUGAACUGGCAGGAGCAUGCGCUGUACAGUAUCUCGUGAUCAGAGGGAGGCCGAGAACAUUGGGGGCUGUUCUCAAGGCCGUUCAUAGUGUAACAAAGUUUUGUAAAUAUUCUGAAGAUGAACUGAAGAUGAAUUGUGUUGUCAAGGUUUUUAGGGGUAAAGCAAAUGUAUUAACUUCUGCUGAAAUCUUUUCUAUUAUCUUUUUUUUUUUCUUAGAAUAUGACAGAAACAAACUGUGAUAAAAAAAAAAGGCUUUUAUCGGUACACUCUUAGGAAGGAAGGUGUUCAGAAUGGUUCUUGACUCUUGACUUUCUGUAUACAGCCUUUACAGUAUGUGGAAGCAACUGUACUUUAUGAGUGCUUUCAAAUUGAAGGUUUUCAAUGUGGACCAGUUGACUUUCUGGAGUAUACAAAUGCACGAACAUGUCACAUUCAGUGUUCCUUAAUGUUCCUAUUAAUAUCUUAAACAGAGCACAGUAAAGAACCUUGUCUUCUGCUUCUCACUGUGUUUAAUUGCUUAAUUGUGGAAUGAUUUCAAAUGAAGCCUUUUAAAAAAGUAAGUUUUUAAAGUCUUCAUUUGUUGAUUUCACACAAAACAUUGACAAAUGCACAAACUAAUUAUUAACAAAUGACAGGCAGAAGCUGGAAACACAAAUCCACCAAGUAAACCAAGCAAGAAGCAUGUGCACUGUAUUAUCACAAAGCUAUCAAUAGAAACAUUGGGAAGUAUUGAAUGUAACCUGUUCAUUCAAUAAAAUAAUAAAACAUAAAUAAAUAAAACACUUGGCCACAGAACAUAUUUGAUUGGCUAAAUGCCAAGUUGAUCAUAAAAAGGGAUUGUUUUAUCGCUGGCAUGUUUCACAAUCAAAGCCAAUUAAGAGUUUCUGUUGUAAUACUGAAUGCUAGAGUGGGAGAUCUGGAUUGAAUGCUAUUAAAUGCUGCUGAAGAAAGUACAGGUACCAGAAUAAAAGAUUAAUGAAACCCCUGCCACAUUUCUGGCCAAUCAAAAAAACAUAAUGAACAAUUACAUGUUUGUUGCUGUUCUUAAAUAAAUAAAAUAAUAUACAGUGUGACAAAAUUCAAAAUCUUAUGUGAAAGCAGCCUGAAAAUAUGGGAAAACUAUGGUUCUUUAAUCUUCCACACAUGCUCUAUGGGUUAGUUCCCCAGGCAUAGAUAAGGCCUAGUCAGAGACUAUAUUUCCCUUUCAGUGGAUAAUCUCUUUUUUUAAAGUGGUGUAGUCCUAGGCUAGACUUAAUCUUUGUCUGGGAAAUUGACUCAAGUGUUGUGAGUUACAGGUUUAAAGUGUUAAAGCAAAAAUAAUAAAGGUUCUUAAGAACUACUUCUAUCAAAACUUUAACUUAGUCAGAACCCUAAUCUGAACCUUCCUUCAUAAGAGUGUAAAUAAUCAAGUACAGUCCAGUACAAAUGUCUUAGCUCCUCAUUCCCAGCUCUCCAAGUAAUCUCUGAAGGGAAUGUGGAGAUAUUUGAAUGUGAACAGUGUUCAAAAAACACAGCCUUCGACGAUGAUGAUGAUAAUGAACAAGGUCUGCUGUUUCUUGUACUGAAGUUAUGGUAGAGAACGUUGCUUGCCAGUUUGAGGUCUUUCUCCUCUUCACACUGGCCCAAAUUCCAGGUUUGUGAGCGAGAAGCUGAUCGCAGACCAGCACAUGUGGGCAAGAGCAACCCAUAACUACCUUCAGCUGAUUUGAUGCUGCUAAAAGCAACUUCUGCUUGAUCAACUGAACUCUUGAACUCUCUUAAUAUAAACACUAAGAUAACACUUACUCUGAGAUUUGUGUGGGACUUUUAUUGUGGAGCGUCUGAAAGCUCUCUCUGUAUGUAUGUAUGUCUGUCUGUUGGUAUGUGUGCUUGUGUGUGUACGUAUGUGUGUAUGUAUGCAGUUUGUGUACACUAUAUGUACAAAAGUAUCAGAUGCUGCUUUUAGUGAGUAGGAUCGGUCAUUUUAAUGUGCACUCAUUAUGGAUACCAGCGUUUAGUUUCACACCCACAGCUUGAUUUAUUAAUCACCAUAGAAAAACAUAACCAAUACAAAUUAAAGCAGCAACAAAGUGCUGCUGUGACCAUACUUACAUUCUUGCAAAGCAAAAAUAUUCGUUGUAAAGACAGAAAGGUCUGUUAAGUUAAAAGUCCUUUAUUGCAUGCUCGGUGCAAUUACACAUUCUCACCAGUGAUGUCGCUAAAUCCCCAAAACCUACAGAUUGUUGCUUUAAUAAAGUGAAAUUUAGAAUUUUAAUUUAGAAUUAAUACCUGCACACACACAUAGCCUUUGUAGAUGAAAUUUGACACACCUGGUCCAAAGUCACUAUUCCCAGCAAUAUUCAGUCAAUAGAGGUAUAAAGCCAGGCACUGGCACUGGGCAGCCCUGGGCAGCCCUGAAAAGCAGUGGAACUGACUGCUCUACUGUGCUGGAACUCCAGCUUAUACCUCUGGAAUAUGGUGUUUUUAAUCUGUAUCUAUAAUCACCCAUUAUCAGUACCUAAUCACUGAUGCUCUCAUGGCCAAAUACCACCAAAUAAUUGUUCCAAACAUUAUUGUAAGACUUUUGCCUUUUACCUUUUAUAUCAAGAGCACCUCGAGCAGACGUCUACAAACUUUUGUACAUAUAGUGUAUCUGUUGUGGUGGCGUGGAAGAGAAUGAGACUGCCUCUCCAGUGCCAAACUUUCAGGGAUAUGAGAGGUUGGAUGUGCAAUGUGGAGCAACAGAUUUUGUGGCAUUUAUAUCCAUAACAAUAAUUUAUCUGUAUCUUGAGAGCCUCAGAAGUAUCUUUACAUUUUACACAUCAUAAAAUAAAAAUAAUACUAACACAUGCAGGUUAUCCAGGCUUGUGUGGUUUGCUGAAAAACAAACCACCUCCAUAAACUACCAUUCACACUACUGCACAGUGUUAGUCUUCUUCUAGACUUUCCAUAACAAGACUGGCUUCAGAUAACACUCAUGGUAGUGUUCCUUUGUAUGAUAAUAAUAACUCACCACAUUUAGGUUUUCUAUAAGAACUGGAGACAGAUGGAGUCAGAUGGACACUGGGAGGGUGUCCGGUUGCGGUGGUUUUGCCGGAUGGUCUGUUUUACGUUUAAGUGAGGUAACUGUUUCUGAAGUGAAUGUCAUUAGGAUGUACUGAAGCCAAGGCUAUGUCUGGGCACUCACUCAUCUGUUUAUUAAUGCAGACUGGUUAACAGUUUCUCUGUUUUAUGCUACUAUGUACUGUUAACGAGGGAUCUUUUAAUCUGUCUACAGAUUGUAUUGUAUUGUAUUUCAAAAGAACUUUCAUUAAAAAGGGAAGAACUUGAAUAAGUGAA